AUGGCAGUCUAUUCCGACUACCUCUUUGAGCUCAAAUAUCUCAAAUACAAACCAGACACAUUGGAUUUUCACAAGAGGAUCAUCCAGGCUAUUUAUCGUUUCAAGGGUUGUUUGAAACAUUAUUCUCUAAGACGCUGUGUAUACGACUCCAAACUGGAGAACGCAAUGUCCUUUGUUCGUCCAAUCAUUGGAAUAUACCACGCCUUCCUCGAGGAUUGGUUGAAAGUUUUUCCACGUGACCAGGUACACGUGAUCAGGUUUGAGGAUUACGUAGCCAACACACGUGGAGAGAUGGAAAAACUGUUUGACUUCCUUUCUCUGAGUCAACUUUCUGAAGCUCAAUGGAUGGAUGUUCUCAACAAAACGGAAUCCAAUCCAAGACCCAAGUCCAGCCAAAACACGGGCAACAUGAACAACGAUACCAGGACGAUAUUAGAGGAGUUCUAUGAACCUUAUAACCAGAGACUUGCCCAACUGUUAGCAGACGAAGCAUAUUUAUGGAGAGAUUGA